AUGUCCACCCGCAAUGAGCUGCAGCCGAGACCAGAGAGCAACCUAUAUCCACGAGUAUGUGGGCAAACCGAUAGCGCAACGCGCUCACUCUACGAUCUCUCCGAGUCUGCGUACACCAACCUCUGCUCGAUCGAGAGCUUCAUCAACCACACCCACCAUCCCUACCAUCCCCACCAGUCCCUCAGCUCCGGCCUAGCCGUCCUUAAAACGAUCAUCCCUAUGGACGGCAGCCAAUGUCUUUGA